UGUUCAGCUCUGUGUUUUUACGCAGGCGCAGAGCAUGCUGUCGGUCCAGUUUCGCUGGUUAACUUUUACCUCAGAGGUAGAGCAGAAGCCUCCCUCCCCGGUGCUCAUCAUUAAACAACAACAACGAGCCCCGAGAUCCAUCAAGCGGUGUGUUAUCUUUUAUUCGGGUUCACACACACACACACACACACACAUACACCGACCUCCCUCUCGGACGAUGUGACACUGGGGUCCCCACUGCGGACCGGCCGGACGGGAUUUCGGUGGGCUUUCAGCCUCAGCGCAAGCAAGUUUGCACAGCGGCAGGUGCAAAGGGCUUUCAUUUCCGCCAGCGACUCCUGCCUGGUGGAGGCUCGAUGCACGGUCGGGAAUCAACUAGUUGGCACCGCGACGCAUCGGAUAGUUCGGAUUGGUAUGCGGUCUAAGUAGACGACCAGCCCGCUGCCGACGUCCAGAUUUAAGGAUUGAUCGGCAGCCCGAAGAGUGCCUUUUUUUAAUUUAUUUAUUUUACUUUUCCUGCACUGCGAAGGUGGCAGCACAGGACCCCGGUUCUCCGAACCCACUCCGCGCGGUGUUCCGGUGCGCUCAGCCGCCACUACCGACCGACAAGGACAGACCCCUACCAGUGGUGGAUCCCAAAGAUGAUGGGCUUUCUGCGCCGGACGUUUAGCCGACGGAGACGGUUUCAGGCGACCGACCAGGACGAGGCGGACGGUCUCGGUGGUGGAGGAGGCGGGAGAGGGUCCACCGGGAACCCCCUGCUGCUCGCCCAUCAACAGCAGGUCGUCCAUGCCCCGGCGGUGGUGACCGGGGGAGCGGCCGUCCACAUCCCCGCGGCGGGCACGGCCAGGACCACCAUCACCUGUCGCGUUUUACUACUGGAUGGCUCGGACGUCAAUGUGGAUUUGCCCAGCAAGUCAAAGGGCCAGGAGCUGUUUGACCAGAUCAUAUAUCAUUUGGACCUGGUGGAGGCCGACUACUUUGGGCUGCAGUACAUGGACUCUGAGCAGGUUUCACACUGGCUAGAUAUGUCCAAACUCAUAAAGAAACAGAUACGAGAUGGCCCUCCGUACAGACUCUUCUUCAGAGUUAAGUUUUACUCUUCAGAGCCAAAUAACCUGCAUGAGGAAUUCACCAGGUAUCUGUUUGUGCUGCAGCUGCGACAAGACAUCCUGUCUGGCAAGUUGAAAUGUCCCUAUGACGUCUCCGUUGAGUUGGGGGCCUUUUGUCUAGAAAGUGAGCUCGGAGACUGUGAUCCGUCGGAGCACUCUCCCGAGCUGGUGUCGGAGUUUCGUUUUACUCCCAAACAGAGUGAGGACAUGGAGGCGGACAUCUUCAACAAAUGGGUGGAGCUGAGAGGGAAGAGCCCGUCGCAGGCUGAGAUUUGCUUCCUCAACAAAUGCAAAUGGCUGGAGCUAUACGGCGUGGAUAUGCACUUUGUCAAGGGUCGCGACGGAGGGGAGUACGCCCUGGGCCUCACGCCAACAGGCAUCCUGGUGUUCGAGGGCUCCAGCAAGAUCGGCCUUUUCUUCUGGCCCAAGAUCACCCGUCUGGAUUUCAAAAAGAGUCGGCUCACCCUGGUGGUGGUGGAGGAUGACGACCAGGGCCGGGAGCAGGAGCACACGUUUGUGUUCCAGUUGGACAGCUCUAAAAACUGUAAGCACUUGUGGAAGUGUGCGGUGGAGAGCCACGCCUUCUUCCGGCUGCGCCAGCCAGCCACGGGCCAGGCCAGCCAGAGUGACUUCACACGGCUGGGCUCGCGCUUCCGAUUCAGUGGGAAGACGGAGUACCAGGCCACUCAUGGCAGUCGAAUGAGGAGGGCAAGCACCUUUGAAAGGCGACCCAGCAAACGAUACCCCUCCAGAACACACUCCCUGGGGGGCAAAGGCGUGUCCCCCGCCAAGCCGCUGCACAUCGGCUCCCAAGCUAGCCCUGACCCAAGCAUCCAUCCGUACCAGCGUAACAUUCCUUUGGGUCAUGAGGCCUGGAACGCCCCCCAGCCUGCUCUCAGCCCCCCCAUCUACCUGCAGCACUCGGGGCUCACGCCACCCCACAGUUUUCCUCUCAGCGGUCCUGACUCAGACCACCAGUUCAGCGUGGAGGAGAACGAGGCGCCGUAUGCUGGGAAGAUCCACCAGCAUCACCACCGGCGACACACACACAGCCAGGACACGCUCUGCCACACACACAGCAACACCAGGCACCGCGCCUCCCCUCGUCCGUGCGAUGGUGUGGAUGUCUCUCAGUCCCUCCGGAAGGCUCUGGAGACGGACAGCGACUCCAGCCCCUGGCCCUCGAUCCACAUCAACAUCGACAACAAGGCAGAGGACAAGCAGCUGUCUGAGAAGUCCUUGCACCCCCCUAGCACCCCAUGCCUGCUGCCUGACCACCUCAAGUGUAACAUCCUCAAGGCCCAGAUGGAGGCCGUGUUCAGGGAGCCUCCGACCACUCCGAGAGGGAAGGGCUCCAGUGACACCUCCAAUGAAAGAUACCAGAGCUCAUCUCAAGACUCGGCUGCAUCUAGUCUGACGGUAGAGAAGAACCCCCACUGGUCAGACUACAGCCGGACCCUGGACAGACCCCGCCCCAACUCCUACAACAUCAACACCAACCGCAGGAAACGACUCGUCCGGCAGUACAGCUUUAACCAUGAAGAUGAGGAUAAUCUCCCAGAAGCCCUUGCAGCCAUCUCGGCCGAAAGUGCAACCAAGUCUGGUUCCAACAGUUCAUUAGACAGACAAAUACAGCCUCCGAUAUACCCACAGGUGGAUAAUAAGAUGCCAACAUUGGAGCUUGGCAGUUCCCGCUGUCCCUCUCUCUCUCCCUCCCCAAACCUGUCCCCCUCGUUCUUCCGCAGCUCCAUCCCACACCUAAUCCCCUACACUGCCGCCCAUAAUAACAGUGGAGAGGAGCGGUUGGACCGGGAGAAGAUUCUGCGGGCGCUCCUCAUGACGGAGCUCUGAGGCAUGACCCUUGACCUCUGAAGCGCGACCCUUGACCUCUGUGAUGUGACCCUCGACCUCUGAGGCGUGAACCUUGACUUCUGAGGCGUGACGCUUGACCUCUGAGGCAUGACCCUUGACCUCUGAGGCGUGACCCUUAACCUCCAUGACGUCAUCGCCCCAUGCGCACAAUGCAUUCCGCGAAUGAUAUAAACGUUUUUAUAUAUUUGUACAAAUGUACUUGGCUUAAUAGUUAUUCGAAGAGGAUAUUUAUAUAUAUGCUGUAUUAUGCAUUCACAUGAACUGUGAUGAUUUUAAAAGACUCACCAAAUGAUGAUUUUCAGAUUGCUCUACAUUUGCUUACAUGUAUGUUUUGA